UCAGCUCUAUAUCAUUUGGCAGUUCUCCCUUUUCAUUGACACGGAGCAUUUGGGGGGACUAAUACAAUGAAGGUUAUAUUCUUAUCCCUCUUUGCCAUCUUUCUGCUGAAUGCAUUUGACCAUGCAGAGAGUAAUGGGUAUUAUGACAAGAUUUUGUCACACAGUCGCAUAAGAGCUAAGAAACAGGGCCCAAAUGUCUGCGCUCUGCAGCAAGUUAUGGGAACCAAAAAGAAGUACUUCAGUACCUGCAAGAACUGGCACCAGGGGGCAAUCUGUGGCAAAAAAGCGACUGUCCUGUAUGAAUGCUGCCCUGGGUACAUGGCAUUAAAUGGUCAACCAGGAUGUCCCGCAGUUGCUCCUAUUGACAACGUGUAUGGAACUCUAGGAAUUGUGGGAGCUAAAACAACACAAGGGUACUCUGAGCAGUCUGAACUGAAACCUGAAAUUGAAGGAGUUGGCUCCUUUACUUUCUUUGCACCUAGUAACGAUGCAUGGGACCUACUGGAUUCUGAAGUCCGGGCAUCACUGCUGAGCAAUGUGAAUAUUGAGCUGCUGAAUGCUCUGCAUUAUCAUAUGCUGGAUAGGAGGAUGCUGACAAAGGAUCUUAAAAAUGGAAUGACUUUGACAUCCAUGUUCAAUAACCAACCUCUGCAGAUAAACCAUUACACUAACGGGAUUGUCACAGUUAACUGUGCAAGAAUUAUUCAUGGAAACCAGAUAGCUACAAAUGGUGUUGUUCAUGUGAUUGACCGAGUUGUCACAGCUGUUGGAAACACCAUUGGGGACUACAUUGAUGCUGAGGAUGAUCUGUCAUCUCUUAGAGCUGCUGCUAUUGCUUCAGAUCUCAUUGAGAAACUUGGAAAACCCGGUCAAUACACUCUGUUCGCUCCUACCGAUGAGGCUUUCGAGAAGCUUCCACGAGACGUUCUGGAAAGGAUUAUGUCCGACAAAAAGGCAGCUGAGGCACUGGUGAACUAUCACAUUCUGGACACCGUCCAGUGUUCCGAGGCCAUCAUGGGAGGAGCAGUUCAUGAUACCUUGGAAGGAAGCCCACUGCAGAUUGGCUGCGACGGAGACAGUUUGACUGUGAAUGGCAAGAAAUUGGUCAACAGGAAGGAUAUAGUUACAACCAAUGGCGUCAUUCACUUGAUUGAUGAGGUUCUUAUUCCUGACUCAGCUAAGCAAGUCUUGGAAUUGGCAGGAAGCCAACAGACCACUUUCACUGACCUUAUGGCCCAAAUGGGACUGGCAGCCUCUCUGAGACCAGAGGCAGAAUAUACUCUUCUGGCACCAUUAAAUGAUGCUUUCUCUGAGGAAACACUGAGAAUGGAUCAGCGUCUCCUUAAACUUGUUCUGCAGAAUCACAUCAUCAACAAAAAGUUUGUUCUUAAUGGACUUUACAAUGGACAAACCUUGGAAACCCUUGGUGGAAAGACUCUCAGAGUGUUUGUGUACCGCACUGCUGUAUGCAUUGAAAACUCCUGCAUGCUUCGUGGAAGCAAAGAAGGAAGAAAUGGUGCCAUUCACGCUUUCAAAGAAAUCAUCAAGCCUGCUGAGAAAUCAUUCUUUGAUAUCUUGAGCCUUGACAGGCGUUUCAGCAUUUUCCUAGACCUGAUCCAAUCUGCAGGUCUUAAAGAGCUUCUGUCAUUACCUGGAGCCUGGACCCUCCUCAUCCCUACCAAUGAUGCCUUCAAAGACCUCAGCAGAAGCGAUAUUGAAGCUCUUAAAAGCAACAAGGUUGGUCUUCAGAACAUCCUUCUCUACCAUCUUGCCCCAGGAGUAUUCAUUGGUGGCGGAUUUGAGCCUGGUGUAACAAACAUUGUGAAAUCUCUCCAAGGAGGCAACAUUAUGUUUAAACUUAUAAAUGGCUCCAUUACCAUCAACGGUGUCGCCUCCAAUGAGAAGGAUCUAAUGACCACCAAUGGUGUGAUUCAUAUAGUAGAUAAACUUCUCGUCCCUGCAGAUGGAGCAAUUGGUGAUGAACAACUGGUUGGAAUUCUGAAUAAGAUCAUAAAGUACAUCACAAUCAGGUUUGAUCGUACCAGAAGAUACCAGGAAAUCCCCUUGACCAAAUACAAGCCCUCUAUCACCAAAAUCACCAAAGUUAUAGAAGGAGAACCAGAAUUCAGCUUGUUUAAGGAAGGAGAGACUAAAAUAACCAAAGUCAUUCAAGGUGAACCCACUAUUUCUAAGAUCACUAGAGUGAUUGAAGGUGAGCCACAUUUUAAGCUGGUAAAGGAAGGUGAAACAGAAAUUACUAAAAGUUUGCUGGUUAAUUUCUUUACAGGUCCUGAAAUAAAAUACACCCGUGUCUCCACUGGUAUCGGAGGUGACAUUAGUGAUGACGAGCUUAAACGGAGGCUAGAGGAAGAAGUCACCAAGGUAUCCAAGUUCAUUGAAGGUGAUUCACAAUUACUUGAAGAUGAAGAACUGAAAAGGCUUCUCCAGGGAGAACCUCAGGUCAGAAGAACACAGUCCAGAAGGAUACAAGGUCCAACAGUGAGAAGAAAGCUGAGGAGAAGUCACCAGUCAUAAAUUCAUGAGAACUGAUUACUGCUAUCAAAAUGGUAGAAGAUGAGCGUGAGAACACGUUAAGGAGUAUACUACAUUGGAAUAUGGAUCAUUUGGAUUGUGUGUCAUCUUGCACAAAUAUAUUUGUAUAACAUUUUUUUUUCAACAAGGGUGGAGUAUAUUUUGAGCAUGAACCAAACAAAAAAAACCUGAAUGUAUAAAAGAAAACAAAUAGUUCUUAAUAUAACACCCUCUGCAAUUACCUAAAAUAGGUUGUGAUCUUGUGCUACAAACAAAUAUUUGAAAAUAAAAUCUAUUCAAGCUAUACCACUUCAUGAACGGCCACCAUUUCUAACAUGAAUCUUGAAUCUCUGUACUUUUGGAGUUCAAACAAAUCAUAUUCUUCAGGGAUUCUGUUUUUGAAACACUUUACAUCAUGUGGUGCUUUCCUUUUUUCUACCAAGACUUCAGUGUGUUUUUUCUGGUACUAACUCA